AUGACUACACCCCAGCAGCCAGCCCCGCUCCCUCAGGGCAAUCCACCCCCCCGUCACUCUUCACUCCGUCCCCGACCUCUCGCUUCUCGGCGCGAUGCGAGCCAGCAGACCAGCCCUGACCAUACACCUGCCCCGAAGAGAGCCCGUCCCAACACUCCGGCCAACGCGAGCGGUGCAGCAUCCAGCAGCCGCGCGAACAUGAGCGGGCAGCGUGUUGCUAAUACUGGGGCUGGUGCUAGUAGCCAGGCGGGCGGCGGUAGACAGCAGGCUGGUGUUAAUCAGGCCCGGGUUAGUCCGGCCGGUGUUAACCAGGCGAGUGCCAACCAGGCCAGUACCAACCAGGCGAAUGGCAAUCAUGCGAAUGCCAGCCGGGCGACUGUCAACCCAGCGAGUGCCGCCCAGGCGAAUGCUAACCAGGCGGAUGUCAACCACGCGAAUGCUAACCACGCGAAUGGCAACCACGCGAAUGCUAGCCACACGAAUGCCCACCAGGCGAAUGGCAACCCAGCGGGUGCCGCCCAGCCAGGUAUCAACCAGGCCGGUGGAUUCGGAGCCAACCAAGGGCAUCCUCUCCCCCCAAGUUUCUACCAUUUGUUCCCGUCUUGGGCCGAGCAAUACAACCGUUGCAACAUCGCGAUCUUCCACGUUGGCUCGCCCCCUUUAAUCUUCCACGUGGACGUCGACACCCUCCUCGUCCGCAGUCCCAACUUCCAUAGAUUCUGCAUGGUCGAGUGCGCCGAGCGCGGCGAGCAGCACAAGCCCCCCAUUAUCCGCUUCCCCGACCUCUGCCCCACCACCUUCACUGCCUUCCUCAAAUGGAUGGGCAACGGCGAUCCUUUCGGCGGUCACUCCCUGCCCAAUCUCACGCCCUUCUUCAGCAUCUGGCGCUUCUCGGAGAGGUUCCAGUGCUUCCUGCUGCAGUCUGACCUGUUGGCGUACUUGCAGCGCUGGCUGGGGAGCCACCGCGGCCUCUUCGGGGUCCCCGUCAUCAGGCUCGUCUACACCAUGUUUGACCGGGAUUCGCACAUGCGCAAGAUGGUGGUCGAGGUCAAUGCGUGGCGCUCGGGGCUGGCGGACUUCCAGAGCACCAAGGCUGACGUCCCGCGAGAGUACAUCGAGGAUCUGGCCGAGGCGCUCUUGGCCGUCCGCAGAACUGAUCCGCUCACUGGACUGCCCGGGGACUUCGUUGCGCGCUACAUGCCGAUGGAGGAGGAGAAAGUGCCGGAUUCGGAUUUGGAGUAG